AACGAAACAUAUAUAUACACAUAAGGAUUGCACAACUAAACAGUCCAUCAAUAUCCCAUCCCAUCCCAUCACGACACCCUCAUCGCGUUCAAUCAUAACCGCAAUGGCCACUCCAACCCCACAGUUCGACCCCAUAGGCCACAACACAACCCUCUACACACCAGCAACCUACACGCCGCAAUCCCCCCUAAUCCUCCUCUUCACCUGGAACGCCGCAGCCCUAAAACACAUCCAAAAAUACACAAACACAUACACGACGCUGUUCCCGACCGCGCGGAUCCUGCUCAUCCGCUGCUUCACAAUCGACGUGUUCCGCUCCUCGGCGACAUCGGCCCGCAACUUGCAGCCAGCACUCGACGUGGUGCGCGCGCACGCGCAGCAAGGCGGGGAAGUACUAUGCCAUAGUUUUUCGAACGGAGGCGGGACGCAGAUUGUGGAGUUUGCGCGGGCGUGGCGGGAUGCGUAUGGAGAGACGAUGCCGAUGCGUGCGCAGAUUGUGGAUUCGGCGCCUGGCAAGGGGGACUGGGGGAGGAGUCAUGCUGCGAUUGCUGCGUCGUUGCCGCGGCGCUCUGUGGCUCUGAGCGUCGUGUUUGGCGUCGCGGUGCAUGUGCUGCUGUUUUGUGUGCUGGUGGUUGAUACGCUUAGGUGGAAAGAGAACUCUAUGGUUAUCAUGUGUGGAGAGAUGAAUUGCGGGACGUUGUUUGGGAGGGUGGCGCCGAGGGUGUAUCUGUAUAGUAAGGCGGAUGAGAUGGUGGGGUGGGAGGAGGUGGAGGAGCAUGCGGAUGAGGCGGCGGCGAAGGGGUGGGAUGUAGAACGGGUCAGGUUUGAGAAGAGUGCGCACGCUGGGCAUGUUAGAGAGGAUGCGGAUAAGUACUGGGGUGCGGUAUUGAGGGCGUGGGAGAAGGGUGGACGGGUGGGAUAG